AUGCUGACGGAGAGAUGCCUGGGAUUGCUAUACUGUGGCUUGUAUCUCUGGGCGUCGUUGUUUCUCUCUUUUUUGCAAGUCUCCCAGCAAGGUGAAAACCAAAGACGGCUGUAUCGAGAACUACUGAAAAAUUAUAAUCGAUUGGAACGGCCUGUUGUGAAUGACUCACAACCUCUUGUAGUAGAACUUCAGCUUUCAUUGCUGCAGAUAAUUGAUGUGGAUGAAAAGAACCAGGUCUUGAUAACAAAUGCAUGGCUACAGAUGUACUGGAUCGAUGCAUAUUUGUCAUGGGAUCAGUAUGAAUAUCCAGGAGUUCAGAAUUUGAGAUUUCCAGCUGAUCAGAUUUGGGUGCCAGAUAUUCUUCUGUACAACAGUGCAGAUGAAAGAUUUGAUGCAACAUUUCAUACAAAUGUUUUGGUAAACUAUUCGGGAUCAUGUCAGUAUAUACCUCCAGGCAUCUUGAAAAGCACAUGUUACAUCGAUGUCCGCUGGUUUCCCUUUGAUGUGCAGAAAUGCAAUUUGAAAUUUGGUUCAUGGACACACAAUGGUUGGUUGCUUGAUCUGCAAAUGCUAGAAGCUGAUAUUUCUAACUACAUAUCAAAUGGCGAAUGGGAUUUAGUAGGUGUCCCAGGCAAAAGGAAUGAGCUGUACUAUGAAUGCUGUAAAGAGCCAUAUCCAGAUGUAACUUACACUGUUACGAUGCGCCGUCGCACCCUUUACUAUGGCUUGAACUUAUUGAUUCCCUGCGUCCUUAUAUCAGGCUUAGCACUGCUUGUUUUCUUACUUCCAGCUGACUCUGGAGAGAAAAUAUCUUUGGGUAUAACUGUUCUUCUGUCCUUGACGGUUUUUAUGCUCCUUGUAGCAGAAAUAAUGCCUGCCACAUCAGAUUCAGUUCCCUUAAUAGCUCAGUAUUUUGCAAGCAUCAUGGUCAUUGUUGGUUUAUCUGUCGUAGUAACAGUCUUGGUGCUUCAGUGUCAUCAUCAUGACCCUCAAGCAGGAAAGAUGCCCCAGUGG